AUGGUAGCAGUACCUAGUAGUCGUAGUAAGUAGUCGUAGCACAUGCACUGUCGUAGUAACUCAGCCAAAGUAAGGUGACUGCAGAGCUUGCUUUUAUUAUAAUUUUUGUGGAAACCUGAGUACAGCAGCAGCAAAGCAUACACUAUGGCUGGGACUGAACCUGGUAAACAAUUAGCUGAAGGAAAGACUAAAAUCAUCUAUGAAUUGCCUAAUAAUGAAGUAUUGGUGCAGUCUAAGGAUCGUAUCUCUGCCAAUAAUGCACUGCGGACCAAUGACCUGGAAGGAAAAGCAGCCAUUUCGAACAAUACAGCAUGUAAAGUCUUUGAGUUUCUCUCCAAAAUUGGUGUGAAGAAUCAUUUCAUUGCAAAGCAUAGUGAUACAAGCUUCACAGCAGCCAACUGUGACAUGAUUCCUAUUGAAUGGGUGACAAGACGUGUUGCUACUGGAUCAUUCUUGAAGCGUAAUGCUGGUGUCAAAGAAGGCUAUCGCUUUGCACCAGUUAAGUUGGAAUUCUUCUACAAGGAUGAUGCUGCAGGGGAUCCCCAGUGGUCUGCUGAGCAGAUUAUUGAGUCUAAACUCACCUGUGGUGGGUUGGUGAUUGGGCGUCAUCAGGUGGAUAUGAUGAGUAAAAUGACAGUCGUUAUCUUUGAGGUGUUGGAGAAAGCUUGGAUGUCUCUAGACUGCUCACUAAUUGAUAUGAAAAUUGAGUUUGGAGUCAGUGCUAAAACGGGUGAAAUCGUUUUGGCUGAUAUUAUUGACAGUGACUCAUGGCGUUUAUGGCCAAAGGGUGAUCGUAGACUCAUGAAGGAUAAACAAGUCUAUCGAGAGUUCAAGGAAGUGACAAGUGAGGGCUUGCAACAAGUGAUUCGCAACUUCCAGUGGGUUGCAGAUCAGCUUGAUUCUUUCAUCCCAUCUCCCAAAGGACAAGCUGUGGUCAUUAUGGGUUCACCUAGUGAUAUGGUACAUGGGGAGAAGAUACGUGAUCUGUGUUUGAGCUUUGGAUUCCCAUGUCAUCUACGAGUAAGCUCCGCCCAUAAGGGAACUGACGAGACACUCAAUAUAGUAGCUCAAUAUGAAGCUUCAGGGAUUGCCACUGUCUUCAUAGCAGUUGCUGGUCGUAGUAAUGGGCUUGGUCCAGUCCUAUCUGGUAACACAUCAUUCCCAGUCAUUAAUUGCCCUCCAGUCAAAGCUGAAUGGGGACCUCAAGACAUUUGGUCAUCUCUACGUCUGCCUUCUGGCCUUGGAUGUAGUACUGUCAUGUCAGCUGAUGGAGCAGCAUGGUGUGCAGCUCAAAUGCUAUCCCUGACUGAUCAUGUCAUCUGGAGUACUAUUCGUGCCCGUCAGAUGAAUACAUGGCUGGCACUUAAAGCGGCAGACUUCAAGCUCCAGACUACUGCUGAUACAAACUAGAUCAGCCACAGUCACAAUCCAAAUCAAGGUUUCUAUCUACGUAUUCAAUACUAAGGUCAGACCUUGCUUUCAUGUAAGUGAUUAUUUAUAAACAUAUAGUCCUAUACUGUAAUUUUCGGCUUACAAACCACGGUUUAUACGUUGAUUUCGACCUUAACUUCUGCUGUUUAUGCGCCGAGCGGCUUAUAUGCCGAUAUAUUAAUAUUGGAGGGGGAAAAAACAGCGUAAUUUUUUUUUAAGAAAGAUCGAUUGUAAAAUUAAAUUAAAAAAAAAAAUAAAUAAAUAAACAAACAGACAGACAGGCAAAAUCAUACAUCGCCGCCGCAAACUUACUCAGAAAAUUCUUAAAAAGUAAGUUAUUGAAUGGUGGACGACUCCACCAAUAUUGUCUGCCGUUACAAUGUCCCUUUUUUAUUCCUGGAUGAAUGGGUUGCAAAAAGUCCUAUUUCUACUCCAUAUUUCUAUAAGGAUCUCUGUCUAUUCAACAAGAUUGUUUUUUGUUCAUAUUUCUGAACACUUUGAACGUCAAAAUGUUGUUAGUCCAGCGGCUUUUCUUGAUAACAAUUGGAAAUAAUUGUCAUCCUCGAACAGAUGAUAUAAUCCGUAAUGGUCUAGACCAGAUUU